AUGGCUUCCAGCGACCAGGCGCCAGAGGCCCAGGACAGCCAGGCUGCCUCAAGCUCAGGCCGGCGGAUGCCUUCUUGGGCUUCCAAGUUGGGACAGAAGGCCACGGAGCUGAAGGCGGCCACCCAGCAAGCGGUGCAUCAGACCAAGGAGGCCUUCAGCGCCGAGGCCAAGCUGGUGGCCAGAGACAUGCAGGACUUGAAGGACGACGGCGUCAAGGAGGGUGUGCGGCUCACUGUACAGGAUACUGGCGCUCUCCGAGAGAGGUUGGGCCAACAGACACGGAAAGUCUUUGCACGAGAGGAAUCCGAUCAGCAGAGGUCUGCUGAUGGCGACGAUUCCACAGGGGCAGAGAAGCCAAAGAGCUUCUUAUCCGAGGCCGACUUGCACCAGCUCAAGGGGAAAGUCGAGGACCUGAAAGCUGGAGGCAAGAAGGCUGCUGAGAAGGUGAAGGAUGUCGGGGGCAAGCUCUGGCACAAGACGGAUCACUGGCUGCAAAGCCUCCGGGAGGCCGGGCGAACUUUCAGCCCGAGAGGUUGGGAGGAAUGUCACCAGCGGGCCCUCCAGCUCAGCCCAGGCGUGGGGCCCUGGGCUCUAGAAGAGCUGAGGGCCGGGAGUUUGGCGCAGCACGCGAAAACCGCCGUGGUUUUCUUCCAUGGCGACAGAGCUCGAGUAGAAGCGCUGCUCGAAGCUCCACAACGCGAUGCUUCGACCGCUUCGACAGCUUCGACCGCUGGGUACAGCUCUUACAGUUCGCAGCCGAUGCCCAACAUGGCGCUCUUCUGCAGAACACCCUUGGUCCUUCCUUCCGGCGAGCGGCUGGAGGUGAACGUGCUGAGUGCUGGCCAACUGGCUUUGGAUGAUCCCAGGAACCCCGAGCACGGGCUGUUCUUCCCCGUGGACGAUCAGAAGUGGCAGGCUUUGACGGCUCGACUGCAUUGGCUAUGCGCUUGCAUCUGCGAGUGCGCUCGCCAAAGAAGGCUCAGCUCCAUCUUCGUGGCGCUAGGCGACGGCUCAUCGGAGCCCUACGACUUCCAGCGGCUUCGCAAGGAGUCGCUCGCUGCAGCUGCGGCGCACGUGGAGGUCCGGAUCAGACCUCCCGACCUCAGCGCGGAAGGAGCCGCAGCGGGCCUUUUCAUCCACACUGGAAGUCUCUGGAGCUCGGAUGUCGGGGACCAGCUGACAACUUGCUCCGCGCUGGCACUGCUGUGCUGUCCUGCAACCAACCCGCACUUGAGCUUCCAGGCCUUCUCUCCGGCCGUGGCGGAGGAGCUUGCGAGAGCCCCGUCGGCGCCGAAUGGGAGCGCUUCGCCUGUCGAAGGUGGGGUUGUCAUCGAGGACGAUGCAGACUUGUCGGACGGCCUGCUGGACAAAGAAAUCUUCCCGCCAGCUGGAUCAUCCUCUACACCUGCCGCAACCGCAACCAUUGCCACUGCAGUGGAUGAUGGUGCAGACUGGUUUGACGACCUGCAGAAUGGCCAAGGAACUUCCCAGCCAGGUGCCGGAUCAUCCUCUGCGCCUGCCGCAACCACUGCAGCGACUGCGGUGAAUGACGGAGCAGACUGGUUUGACGACCUGCAGAAUGGCCAAGGAACUUCCCAGCCAGGUGCCGGAUCAUCCUCUGCGCCUGCCGCAACCACUGCAGCGACUGCGGUGAAUGAUGGUGCAGACUGGUUUGACGACCUGCAGAAUGGCCAAGGAACUUCCCAGCCAGGCGCUGGAUCAUCCUCUGGACCUGCCGCGACCACUGAAGCGACUGCGGUGGAUGAUGGUGCAGACUGGUUUGACGACCUUCAGAAUGGCCAAGGAACUUCCCAGCCAGGUGUUGGAGCAACUCCUGCCCCUGCCGCAACUGCAGCGACUGCCGCGGACGACUUUGAUGAGUUGUGGGACUCCAUGAUGGUCGAGGCGCCCGCGGAUGGCAAGAAGGGCUGA